AUGAUCCAGAUAAAUGAGAGCAAGACCAAGAAAGCUUUUCGAUCCCUCUUCAACCACGAGAAACGGAAAAGUAGCGAUCAAGUCAACACUGUAUGGCUCAUGAUCGCCACCAACGAUCCUGUCAACGUUAUAAAGAGUGCUCCUCGUGCCAUACCAUUGAAGCAUUCUCUGCAGACGCCUGGUUCACUACGUUGCUUAUUCACAAAGGAUCCGCAAGAUACCUUUAAGAAUCUUCUCAUAUCCAAGAAUAUCAAAGGUGUACAUCAAGUGAUUGGUAUCUCCAAGCUUAGGAAGCGUUAUGGAUCCCGUGACAAGAUGGCAGCAUUGUUCUCCGAAUAUGACACAUUCCUCACUGAUCGACGGAUCACGCACUUGUUACCCAACGUGCUUGGUAAAGAGUUUUAUAAGAAACGAAAGGAACCCAUGAUGGUGGAUUUUAGAGCACCUGAUCUUCAAAAGGAAAUUAUACGAGCAUUAAAAUCAUCCUACAUGCAUUUCAAUCAUGGAUCAUACUAUGGCAUCAAGAUUGCAACAACAGCACUGAAUGAAUCACAAGCUUUCGAUAACCUGAUGACUGGUUUGCCAGAGAUCAUCAAGGGAGUUCCUGGAGGUCUUGACAAUAUCCGAUCUUUACAAAUCAAGACUGCAGAAUCUAUCAGCUUUACCAUUUAUGAGAACAGCAAUCAGCAAGAUGGAGAAGAAGAGGAUGAGGAAGAGGAUGAAGAAUAUUAG